UUCCGUCCCAACGCGGAAAUGUGCAAUAUUUGUUAUUAUAAUUUAUGAUCAGUUGUCUGGCGUGUUUCAGGCAAACGCUGAACCGCAGUAGUACUUUUAGUGAUUGAGUAUGCCGUGCUGAAGUUUUUCCGACUCUUGGUGAUAAUGGCGUUUUGUUGGAGGAGUUUGGAGCCCUUUCGACCUUAGUUUAUAUUUACUGACUGACACACAACAGAAACGCCGCAACUUUCAGAGCUGUCAAAUCUAAAGAGAUGAUGAGGAUGAUGAAGGACUGGACACAGAUGCUGCGGUUGCUGGUUUGCUUCGCUGGAAUCGUGUCUCAGUGUGAGGGAGGAAGCUCCGUCUCUCUGCCCGAGUCUCUGCUCUUUGUUUCUACACUGGAUGGAAGUCUGCAUGCCGUCAGCAAACAGACUGGAGACAUCAAAUGGACACUGAAGGAAGAUCCCAUUAUACAGGUUCCAGAGUAUUUCCAAGAGCCAGGCUUCUUACCAGACCCCAAUGACGGCAGUCUGUAUGUCCUCGGAGGAAAGAGGAAAGAAGGUCUGAUGAAACUGCCGUUCACUAUUCAAGAGCUGGUGCAGUCGUCUCCCUGCAGGAGCUCAGAUGGAGUGCUCUACACUGGUAAAAAACAGGACACCUGGUUUGUGGUCGAUCCUCAGACAGGUGAAAAACAGACAAGUUUGAGCACCUCGUCUUCAGACUCCAUCUGUCCCUCUGCACCUCUGCUGUACAUCGGUCGCACAGAAUAUAUGAUCACCAUGUAUGACACGAAGACUCAGGAGCUCCGCUGGAAUGCCACAUACAACGACUACUCUGCUCCUCUAUAUGAUGACAAAAAAUAUGAAUAUAAGAUGUCGCACUUUGCAUCGAGUGGCGAUGGUCUAGUGGUUACGGUGGAUCGAGACUCUGGUGAGGUUUUGUGGAUGCAGAAAUUUGAUUCUCCGGUGGCUGGAUUUUACUUGUGGAGUCAGGACAGUCUCCGUCGAGCUCCUCAUCUGACUGUCGCAACAGAAACCCUGCGCUAUCUGACCUUCACCGCAGAAAACACACAGUCCCACACCAUGAAGUGGACCUACCAGUUCACAAAGGAGAGCCACAGCACGAAGACUCAGCUAGUUCCCACUCUGUAUGUUGGCAAGACGGAGUCUCAUCUGUAUGCUUCUGCCUCCCUUGUCCAUCAAGGUGUCGCAAUAGUGCCUAAGGGUCUCACUCUUGCACGAAUUGAGGGGCCGAUGACAGCAGGCGUCACAAUGGGUAAUGGACGGCCCGAGUGUGAGAUCACACCCAGUACUGACGUCAAAUAUCCACCAGGAAGCAGCAGCUCUCUACAGAAUCAAUGGCUGCUCAUUGGUCAUCAUGAAAUCCCUCCUCUGGCUCACACCACCAUGUUGAGAGAUUUCCCAGAGAACCUGCAGCGCUCUGGUGAUGUCAUCCCACCUCGAGGAUCCGGCUCUUCUUUCCGCUCUCCCUCACACCCAUUGCCACCAGUAAGGAAGCAGAGCUCUUCUCCUGUGCUGCCGGACUCGCUGAGCUCUGAGCCCAUGACGGUGCUGGUGGUAACGCUGCUGCUGGGAGCCUGGAUCACCUUCCUGCUCAAAUGGCCUGUAAGAAAAUCCCAAAGAUCUGAUGAGCCAGUGGGCUCCACCCCUCUUUCUGGUCUGACCAAUUACAGCGCUUCAACAGAACUGAACACUCCGGCCUCAACUUCAUCUUACAGCAACAGCAGCCACUCAGAAAAGACCAGUUCUGUUGCAUCCAAUCAAACUCAGCCAUUCUCAAGCAAAGACUCUGCCCCUGUAACAGCAGCCAGCCAGUCACAGAAUGAACAGGCUGAUGUGGUGGAAGUUGGUAAAGUCUCUUUCAGUCCCGCUGAGGUGUUGGGUCAUGGGACAGAGGGAACAUUCGUGUUUCGGGGUCAUUUUGACGGUCGACGUGUGGCGGUGAAGCGAAUCCUGCCGGAGUGUGUGGAGUUUGCAGAGCGAGAGGUUCAACUUCUGCGGGAAUCAGACGAACAUCCCAAUGUGAUCCGUUACUUCUGCACAGAGCGGGACAGACAGUUCACUUACAUUGCCAUAGAGCUGUGUGCUGCAACACUCCAGCAGUAUGUAGAAGACCCGAGCUGUCCUUACUCAGAGCUGAACCCAGUGUCCCUGCUGGAGCAGACCAUGUGUGGCCUCAGUCACCUGCACUCCCUCAACAUCGUCCACAGGGAUUUAAAGCCCAGGAAUAUUUUGCUGUCUCUGCCCGGGGCACUGGGUCGAGUGCGGGCGCUGAUCUCAGAUUUCGGCUUGUGUAAGAAGCUUCCAGAUGGUCGGCACAGUUUCAGCCUACGCUCCGGGAUACCAGGAACCGAAGGCUGGAUCGCCCCUGAAUUACUCAUAAACGCUCCGAAAGGGAACCCUACGAGUGCGGUGGACAUUUUUUCUGCCGGAUGUGUGUUUUAUUAUGUGACGUCGAAAGGACAGCAUCCGUUCGGUGACACUCUGAGGCGUCAGGCUAACAUCCUCUCUGGAGUCUAUAACCUCGAUCACUUCAUGGAGGAUAUACAUGAGGACGUGAUCGGCAGAGAUCUGAUUGAGCGGAUGAUCAGUGCAGAACCAGAGAGCCGUCCUUCAGCAGCGUCAAUUCUUAAACACCCCUUCUUCUGGAGUCCAGAGAAACAGCUGCAGUUCUUUCAGGACGUCAGUGACAGGAUUGAGAAGGAGCCUCCAGACAGCCCCAUAGUAGGUCGUCUAGAAAACUUGGGCAGAUCUGUUGUAAGAACCAACUGGAGAAUGCACAUCUCAGCGCCACUGCAGGCCGAUCUUAGAAAAUUUCGUACAUAUAAAGGAAACUCAGUGAGAGACCUACUUAGAGCAAUGAGGAAUAAAAAACACCAUUAUCAUGAGCUCCCGCCGGAGGUUCAGUCUGCUCUCGGUGAAGUCCCCGAUGGCUUUGUGGCGUAUUUCACCUCACGGUUCCCCCGGUUACUGCUCCAUACGCACACAGCGCUCAGCAUCUGUGCCCCAGAGAGACCCUUCCACCCGUACUAUCAUCACUGACGCCCGUAGAGACACACUGUUUGUUCCUGCACCGGACUGAAGAGGAAAAGCAAGAUCCUCAAAUAAACACUGCAUCCGUCUGCACUACUGGAUGAACUGUGAGCACAUUUCAUUGUGAAGAGCUACUGAGUCCUUUCUCUGAAAACAUCCAACUGGACUUGCUGAGAGAAGAUGUAUUUUUUUAUGCAUAUAGUGUCCUCCGAAAAUAUUGGUUUUCUUGGUAAAUAUUAGCAAUGGAGGAUAUGGAUGUACACUCGAUUAGCCCUCCUUUUUAAAAUAUUUUCCAAAUGAUGUUUAACAGAGCAAGGAAAUUUUCACAGUAUUUCCUAUAAUAUUUUUUCCUCUGGAGAAAGGCUUAUUUAUUUUAUUUGGGCUUGAAUUAAAGCAGUUUUAAUUAUUUUUAAAACCAUUUAAGGUCAAUAUUAUUACCCCCCUUGAGCAAUAUUUUUAAUCGAUAGUCAACAGAACAAACCAUCAAUGACUUAUACAAUGACUUGCCUAAUUACCCUAACUUGCCUAAUUAACCUUUAAGCCUUUACAUGUCAGUUUAAGCUGAAUACUAGUGUCUUGAAAAAUAUCUAGUCAAAUAUUAUUUACUGUCAUAAUGGCAAAGAUAAAAUAAAUCAGUUAUUAGAGAUGAGUUAUUAAAACUAUUAUGUUUAGAAAUGUGUUUUUAAAUAUGAAGUUAAAGAGAAAUUGAGAAAAAAAAAUGUAUACAGGGGGGGCUAAAAAUUCUGACUUCAACUGUGUGUUUAUCUUCAUAUACACUAUUAAGAGGAUGAGAAAAUCUUCAAGAAUCGCACCUGGAGAAUUACACUUGUCUCUUAGGCUCUAAAAACUACCAUCUGACGUCACCAUAAAUAGUUUGAAAGGUUUUCAGGAACAAAAGUCUUCUAGUCUCAUUCAAAAACAAACUCAAAAGAUCAAAAUAUUAAACGAUACUGAAGCUUUUUCACAGGUUUCCAUUUUACAGAGAGUGCCAAUACUAUUGGAGGAUAUUAUUGCACUUCAUGGUUUUAUAGAUCAGUGUAACCAGUAAGUUACUGUGUGUAUUACAGGGCUUUUACAGAGUGGCUGCUGGUUUUAGGAUGUGAACCAAAUAACAAAGAUAUAAAAAACACAACUUUUUUAUCAGCUGAUAUUAGCCUGCAGUUUGGCAUUUGUUCUGUCAGGUUUGUUCAUUUUAGUUCAGACUUUUAUUGAAUCGCCAGCCGACUCCUUAUAAUCUUAAUAGAAAGACUUCGAUGUGGUACUUAUUUCAUAAAAGAAUAGUUCUUCUCAAAAUUAAAAUUGGAAACACAAAAGGGGGGAUUUUUUAUUGUUACAUUGAGUGGGUAACACUUUACUAUAACAGUACAUGAAUAAUGAUGUAUUAAUAAAUCAACUGAACAUGAUUAUGAAUUGAUGAGUUAAGGCGUGCGCUAAUCAUGAACAAACUUUAACUACGACGUGAGUUCAUGGUUACCUUAAUUACUUGUUAGGACAUGUUGUUAAUUAAUGUAUUAAUUAACAUUAAGUUUAACCUAAAUGUAACCAAUAUUAUCUCAGGAGCUGUUAAUGUAUAAUUAUGUCAUGACUUUACUUGGAGGGGCACAUCACCAUUAACUCAUCCUUAACUAGUCAUGAACUCCUGCGUUUAAACUGUUGAUGAUGACAGAAGACUUUUCUGUUGUUAUUCAGUGUAAAUGCACUAGAUGGACGUGCAUGAGAAGUUCAUGAGUAGUUAAGUAUGGGUUAUUUAUAGUGUUGUCACGAUACUGGAAUUCGGAACCUAUCGGUACUGAAAUUUUAAAAAUGUCCAUUUCCCACUAACAUUUGAGCACUGUUGAGCUCGUUCUUAAACAGUGCUAAUUUGCCAUUGUGUUCACAUGCUCAAUAGAAAUACUGUGAUUGGCCAUGAAGGCCAUCAGUUCAACGAUCUCACGGCUGUUUACAGAGUGCAGCCACAGAUACAGGGACACUGUAGCAUUUUAAAGCCACGAUUCAUCAGCGGAUCGCUCGUAUGCCAGCUUACAGACAAACCAGCUGAUUGACAUGACUUUGUAACGCUCCAGUGUCCCUGUAUCUGUGGUUACACCCAGUAAACAGCGGUGAGUUUGGUGAACUGAUGACCUUCAUGGCCAAUAAUCACAGUCAUUUCAGUGCUCAAAUAAAGACUUAUAAAAUUCCAGUAUCGAUUGGUACCGAAUUCCAUUGAUACCGAAUGCAACCCUAGUUAAUGGUGAUGUGCCUGUCCAAGUAAAGUCAUGAUAUCAUUAUGCAUUAACAUGUCAUGAGUUCAUGAUGGUUAAAUUAAGCAUUAAUUAACAAACAAGGAUGUACUAACAAGUAAUUAAGGGGCCGAUCACACCGAA